CGCUCGGCCUCGGCGGCAGCGGUGGUGUCGCGCGAAGACACUGGAGAGCAGCAUCCUGGGGUCGGGCCAGGAGAAGGGCCUGAACGUGCAGGACCGGGCCCAGGAUUCCCAGCCCACCUGCCUGCCUGCCCGCAUCAGGGAGAUUGUCACCCGCAACUUCUCCCAGCCUGAGAGCCCAGCCCUGCUGCCGGCCGCCGAGAUGGCAUCCAUGCUGUCACUGCAGGAGGAGAACCAGCUUCUGCAGCAGGAGCUGUCCCGCGUGGAGGACCUGCUGGCCCAGAGCCGGGCUGAGCGCGAUGAACUGGCCAUCAAGUACAACGCGGUCAGCGAGAGGCUGGAGCAGGCUGUGCGGCUGGAAUCUGGGGAGCUGGAAACACAGGAGCCCAGGGGGCUGGCACGGCAGAGCGUGGAGCUGCGGAGGCAGCUGCAGGAGGAGCAGGCCUCCUACCGGCGCAAGCUGCAGGCCUACCAGGAGGGCCAGCAGCGGCAGGCCCAGCUCGUGCAGCGGCUGCAGGCCAAGAUUCUCCAGUACAAGAAGAAGACCUCGGAGAUGGAGGAGCAGCUGCUGGAGAGAGCCACGGAGCUGGAGCAGCGGCGGCUGAGGGACACAGAGCACAGCCAUGACCUAGAGAGCGCCCUCAUCCGCCUGGAGGAGGAACAGCAGAGAAGCGCCAGCCUGGCCCAGGUGAACGCUAUGCUCCGAGAGCAGCUGGACCAGGCGAACUCGGCCAACCAGGCUCUGAGUGAGGACAUACGCAAGGUGACCAGCGACUGGACACGCAGCCGCCAGGAGCUGGAGCAGCGGGAGGCAGCGUGGAGGCGCGAGGGAGAGUCUUUCAACGCCUACUUCAGCCAUGAGCACAGCCGCCUGCUUCUCCUGUGGAGGCAGGCUGUGGGGGCCCGACGGCUGCUCAGCGAGGUGAAGAUGUCCACCGAGAGGGACCUGCUGCAGCUGGGAGGGGAGCUGGCCCGGACCUCACGGGCUGUCCAGGAGGCGGGCCUGGGGCUGAGCGCAGGCCUGCGGCUGGCCGAGAGCCGGGCCGAGGCGGCCCUGGAGAAGCAGGCCCUGCUGCAGGCCCAGCUGGAGGAGCAGCUGCGGGACAAGGUGCUCCAGGAGAAGGACCUGGCCCAGCUGCAGGUGCAAAGCAACCUGGACAAGGCCGACCUCAGUGCCAGAGUGACUGAGCUGGCCCUGACAGUCGAGCGCCUUCAGAACCAGAAUCUGGAAAAGGAUCGGCUCAACAAGGCCCUCACUGAGAAGCUUGAGGCCCUGGAAUCCCUGCGGCUCCAGGAGCAGGCGGCCCUGGAGACGGAGGAUGGAGAGGGGCUGCAGCAGACCCUGAGGGACCUGGCACAGGCCGUCCUGUCAGACAUGGAGAGCGGCGUCCAGUUAAGUGGCUCCUUGCGUACAGCGGCCGCAUCGGACGGCAGCCUGCGGGGGCUCUCGGGGGCCCGGACGCCGUCCCCACCGAGGCGCUCCUCGCCCGGCCGUGGCCGUUCCCCCUGCCGAGGCCCAUCCCCUGCCUGCUCGGACUCCUCCACACUAGCCCUGAUUCACUCCGCUCUGCACAAGCGUCAGCUGCAGGUCCAGGACAUGCGGGGGCGCUAUGAGGCCAGUCAGGACCUCCUGGGCACCCUGCGGAAGCAGCUUAGUGACAGUGAGGGUGAGCGCCGUGCCCUUGAGGAACAGCUGCAGCGUCUUCGGGAUAAGACCGACCGGGCUGCCCAGGCCCAGGAGGAUGUGCAGCGGGAGGCCCAGCGCCUGCGCAGUGCUGUCGACCUCCUGAACAGGGAGAAGGACAGCCUAGCCCACAGCCUGCAGGUGGCCCAGCAGCAGGCUGAGGAGCUACGGCAGGAGCGGGAGAAGCUGCAUGCGGCCCAGGAGGAGCUGCGGCGCCAGCGGGACCAGCUGGAGGAAGAGCGGGAGGACACAGCACAGGACAGUGCAUGGACACGCAGGGAGCUCGAGCGCAGCCAUAGACAGCUAGAGCAGCUGGAAGUGAAGCGCUCAGGGCUGGCGAAGGAGCUGGUGGAGGUGAGGGAGGCGCUGAGCUGUACCACGCUGCAGCGGGACAUGCUGCAGGCUGAGAAGGCCGAGGUGGCCGAGGCGCUGACCAAGGCUGAGGCUGGCCGCGUGGAGCUUGAGCUCUCCAUGACCAAGCUGAGGGCCGAGGAGGCCUCUCUGCGGGACUCCUUAUCCAAGCUGAGCGCCCUGAACGAGAGUCUUGCCCAGGACAAGCUGGGUCUGAACCGCCUUGUCGCCCAGGUAGAAGAGGAAAAGGCAGCCCUGCUGGGCCGGCAGCGGCAGGUGGAGCAGGCGGCCGCCUCCGCGCGGGAGGGGCAGGAGCAGCUGGCGCAGCUGCGGCUGGAGCAGGAGGCAGAGCGCCAGGGCCUGGAGGGCUCCCUGCGGGUGGCAGAGCAGGCCCGCGAGGCCCUGGAGCGCCAGCUCCCUGACUUGCACCAGGAGCGCUGCCGGCUGCAGGAGCGGCUGGCCCAGCUCUCCCGGCAGCUGAGCGGGCGGGAGCAGGAGCUGGAGCAGGCCCGGCGGGAGAUGCAGCGGCAGACGGAGGCGUUGGAGCGGGCGGCCCGGGAGAAGGAGGCGCUGGCCAAGGAGCGGGCCGGCCUGGCGGUGCAGCUGGCAGCAGCCGAGCGUGAAGGCUGGACCCUGUCGGAGGAGGCCACACGCCUGCGCUUGGAGAAGGAAGCUCUGGAGAGCAGCCUGUUUGAGGUGCAGCGGCAGCUGGCGCAGCUCGAGGCCCGGCGGGAGCAGCUGGAAGCGGAUGGGCAGGCCCUACUGCUGGCCAAGGAGACCCUGACCGGGGAGUUGGCGGGCUUGCGGCAGCAGAUAACAACUACAGAGGAGAAGGUCGCUCUGGACAAGGAACUGAUGGCCCAGAAGUUAGUGCAGGCUGAGCGGGAGGCCCAGGCCUCUCUGCGGGAGCAGCGGGCAGCCCACGAGGAGGACUUACAGCGACUCCAGCGAGAGAAGGAGGCGGCAUGGCGGGAGCUGGAGGCAGAGCGGGCCCAGCUGCAGAGUCAGCUGCAGCGGGAGCGGGAGGAGCUGCUGGCCCGGCUGGAGGCCGAGAAGGAAGAGCUGAGCGAGGAGAUCGCCGCCCUGCAGCAGGAGCGUGACGAGGGCCUCCUCCUGGCCGAGAGCGAGAAGCAGCAGGCCCUGUCCCUGAAGGAGUCCGAGAAGACGGCGCUGUCGGAGAAGUUGAUGGGGACGCGGCACAGCCUGGCUGCCAUCUCCCUGGAGAUGGAGCGACAGAAGCGCGACGCUCAGAGCCGGCAGGAGCAGGACCGGAGCACCGUGAAUGCCCUGACGUCCGAGCUGCGGGACCUGCGGGCCCAGCUUGAGGAGGCUGCCGCGGCCCAUGCGCAGGAGGUGAAGAGGCUGCAGGAACAGGCCCGAGACCUGGGCCGGCAGCGGGAGUCCUGCCUGCGUGAGGCAGAAGAGCUUCGGACCCAGCUGCGCCUGCUGGAGGAUGCCCGCGACGGGCUGCGGCGGGAGCUGCUGGAGGCCCAGCGCAAGGUGCGUGAGAGCCAGGACGGCUGUGAGGCCCAGCGCCAGGAGGCGGGCGAGCUGCGGCGCAGCCUGAGCGAGGGGGCCAAGGAGCUCGAGGCCCUGAGGCGGUCCAACGAGGAGCUGCGGGUGGCCGUGAAGAAGGCGGAGAGCGAGCGGAUCAGCCUGAAGCUUGCCAAUGACGACAAGGAGCAGAAGCUAGUGCUCCUGGAGGAGGCUCGGGUGGCUGUGGGCAAGGAGGCUGGCGAGCUGCGGGCUGGACUGCAGGAGGUGGAGCGCUCACGGCUGGAGGCUCGGAGGGAGCUGCAGGAGCUCCGGCGGCAGAUGAAGAUGCUGGACAGUGAGAACGCCAGGCUGGGCCGGGAGCUGGUGGAGCUGCAGGGCCGCGUGGCACUGGGCGAGAGAGCAGAAAAGGAGGGCAGAUGGGAGGCCCUGGGCCUCCGACAGAAGCUGCUGAAGGGCGAAGCCAACCUGGAGGCUGUGCGGCAGGAGCUCCAGGGAGCCCAGCGGAAGCUGCAGGAGCAAGAGGGCGAGUUCCGGACCCGCGAGCGAGGCCUGCUGGGCUCACUGGAGGAGGCGCGCAGCGCCCAGAAACAGCAGUUGGACCAUGCCCGCAGCCUGGAACUGAAGCUGGAGGCCGCCCGGGCCGAGGCUGCAGAGCUGGGGCUGCGACUGAGCGCAGCCGAGGGCCGGGCUCAAGGCCUGGAGGCCGAGCUGGCCCGCGUGGAGACGCAACGGCGCGCAGCGGAGGCCCAGCUGGGGGGCCUGCGCUCAGCCCUGCGCCGGGGCCUGGGCCUCGGUGGUGUGUCCAGCCCUGCCCCGCGGCCCGCGCCCGUCUCUCCUAACCGGAGCGCGCCUGUUGAAGGAAGUGGGGAAGGGCUCAGCAGCCCCAAGCCCUUGGAACGCAGCCCUGGGUCCCAGCCACCAUCCCCAGGACCUGCCGUCUCCCCAGCAUCUCCAGACCUGGACCCGGAAGCAGUGCGGGGGGCCCUCCGGGAGUUCCUGCAGGAGCUGCGGAGCGCCCAGAGAGAACGGGAUGAGCUUCGGGCCCAGACGAGUACCCUGAGUCGCCAGCUGGCUGAGGUGGAGGCCGAGAGGGACAGUGCGACCUCACGGGCAAGGCAGCUGCAGAAGGCUGUGGCUGAGAGUGAGGAGGCCCGGCGCAGCGUGGACGGGCGGCUGAGCGGGGCCCAGGCCGAGCUGGCGCUGCAGGAGGAGAGCGCGCGGCACAGCGAGCGGGAGCGCCGGGCUGUGCUGGACCAGGUGGCUGCCCUGGAGAGGGGCCUGCAGGCCACCGAGAGCGAGCUCCGGGCCAGCCAGGAGAAGAUCAGCAAGAUGAAGGCCAACGAGGUGAAGCUGGAGAGCGACAAGCGGCGUCUGAAGGAGGUGCUGGAUGCCUCCGAGAGCCGCAGCGUCAAGCUGGAGCUGCAGCGGCGCUCGCUCGAGGGGGAGCUGCAGCGCAGCCGCCUGGGCCUGAGCGACCGGGAGGCCCAGGCCCAGGCCCUCCAGGAGCGGGUAGACUCCCUGCAGAGGCAGGUGGCAGACAGUGAGGUGAAGGCGGGGACUCUGCAGCUGACGGUCGAGCGGCUGAGUGGGGCCCUGGCCAAGGUGGAAGAGAACGAGGGGGUCCUGCGGGACAAGGUGCAGGGCCUGAUGGAGGCUCUGACCCAAAGCAGCGCCAGCCUCACCAGCACCCAGGACAAGAACCUGCACAUGCAGAAGGCCCUGACUGCCUGUGAACAUGACCGCCAAGUGCUCCAAGAACGGCUGGAGGCCACGCGGCAGGCGUUAUCCGAAGCAAGGAAGCAGAGCAGCUCCCUGGGCGAGCAGGUGCAGACCAUGCGGGGCGAGCUAGCGGACCUGGAGCUGCAGCGGGCGGAGGCCGAGGGCCAGCUGAAACAGCUGCAGGAGGCGCUGCGGCAACGGCAAGAAGGUGAGGCUGCGGCCCUGCAGACGGUCCAGAAGCUGCAGGAUGAGCGGCGGCUGCUGCAGGAGCGCCUGGGGAGUCUGCAGCGUGCCCUGGCUCAGCUGGAGGCCGAGAAGCGGGAGGUGGAGCGCUCAGCCCUGCGGCUGGAGAAGGACCGGGUGGCCCUCAAGAGGAUGCUGGACAAGGUGGAACGGGAGAAGCUUCGCAGUCACGAGGACACGGUGCGGCUGAGCGCAGAGAAGGGCCGCCUGGACCGCACGCUCACGGGGGCUGAGCUGGAGCUGGCCGAGGCCCAGAGGCAGAUCCAGCUGCUGGAGGCCCAGGUGGCAGCGCUGGAGCAGAACCACAGCCCAGCGCGGCUGGAGGCGGAUGAGCAGGAGCUGGCGCUGCAGCAGGAAGUGGCGCGCCUGCGCAGUGCCCAGGUGCAGACGGAGCGCACCCUGGAGGCGCGGGAGCGGGCCCACCGGCAGCGGGUGCGUGGCCUGGAGGAGCAGGUGUCCACACUGAAGGGACAGUUGCAGCAGGAGCUUCGAAGGGGCUCAGCUUCUUUCUCCCCCUCCUCCGGCCCCCCAGAGAAGUGAGCACCUUGCUGGCUGGCAUCCUGGAGAGCAGCCCCGUGGCGGGGGCGGGACAGGGGAGGGGGGACUCCCAGCACAGUCCACCUCCAGAGUUCAUCUGGGGGUGAGGAGGAGCAGGGGUGGCAGUGCCAGGGGAGGGGGGACUCCGGCACCAGGCCAGACCCGGCCGCGCCCUCCCAGCCUCGUCAGAGCCAACCACCCUCUGUGGGCUCCCCUCUCAGUCCAGCCCCUCUCCCCCAGGAUGAGCCCGUAUGAGGUCCCCCAGGACCAGUUUGAGGUCCUCCCUGAGUGGCUGAGCCAAAGCCAGGGGUUGGAAAGACCCCCCUUGUCUCUGGCCGACCCUGGAGCACAGGUUCACGGGAAAGAGAAGGGAUGUCCAGGCCUGGGGCAGGGGACCUUCUCUGGCUUCCCAGAGAUCUCUUUGCCUUAGUUCAGAGUAUUUGUCAGGAAAUUCCUCAGAGUUCAGAGUCCCUGUAUUUUUAUACCUUUUUACAAUGUUAACUGUUCAGAACUGUUGUGUUUUUUGUAACAAGAC